GGCAGAGUGAGGUAUUGGAAGUGAAAUAAAAACAGACAGAAGACCAGGCAAGAAAAUAUUCAUUGGCUCAAAACAGAGCGACUUACACUACGGUUUUUCAGAAGGAAGGUGAGCGAGGAAACACAGGAAGAGGGAAAGCGAGACAGGGACCAAGGCACAGAGAGGCAUUUCACACAGAACUCCAGGCCUCAAAGAAAAGUUUUGUGUGUUUGUUCAAAAGCAGGCCAGAGCAUGGUGCUUGUCCCAUUCUGCAAGCCGCCCUCAGGGCCACUAAGAGUGACCAGAAAACAGUUGGUUCUGUACUGCCUUAUCCUGUCCCUUCUCAUAUACUUUCUCUGGGGACCGAAAGCCACUGUCAAAGUGGAGGGGCCUCAUUCUAUCUUUGACACUCUGAAGGCGGGCAGAGGACAAGAAAUGACAGAAAUGGCACUUGUCAGGGCAGUUGGACAUCAACGUCCUCUGGAGACAUCAUGGGGUGCUCCUUUAGUGUGGGGUGACAGCAGCAGCUCAGCACAGCGUAGGGCUGAAUUUGCCCAACGGGGCAUCAGUACGGGCCUGUUCACAAUGGUGGUGGGACCAUAUGCGCGCUUUGUCCAACGCUUCCUCUCGUCAGCUGAACUCCAUUUCCUCCCCGGUGGAAUGGUCACCUACUACAUUCUCACUGACAGUCCUCGGUCUCUUGAUCCCCCUGUCAAGUUGGGGCCCAAAAGAGAGCUGAGGGUGAUUUCUGUGGCAGAGAUGCCUGGCUGGGAAAGGUUAGCGCAGCGCCGCAUGGACCUGCUCGCGGCUACCAUCAAAGAAACAAUCCAAAGUGAGGUGGAGUACAUCUUCUGUGUCGAUGUUGACCAGGAGUUUUUGGCUCCAGUGAGGGAAGAAAUUCUUGGAGACCUGGUGGCCACUUUACACCCGGAGCUUUAUGGAAUGCCACAAUACGCAUUUCCAUAUGAGACGGAAGAAACAUCUUCAGCAUGUGUGGAGGAAGGCAAGGGAGACUACUACUACACCUCAGAGCUGUAUGGAGGGCUGGUUGGGGAGGUGUAUAGCUUGGCACGUGCCUGUUCCUUACUCAUUCUCCAGGACUAUGAAAAUAGUUUUAUGGCAAGGGGCCUCGAGGAGAGCUACCUGAACCGUUACUUGAUUGACCACAGGCCCACGUGUAUCCUGUCGCCUGAAUAUAGCUGGUGGGACUCGGGCCUUGCAGCUGACGUGCCCGUGCAAAGACUGGUCUCCUUUGGGAGACAAUGUGAGGCUCUGGAUCUCCAUAAGAAGAAAGAGCACAACUGCUGAAUUUUUUGAAACGGACAUACAGGGUUAUGAUGACUCACAUAGCUGAAGUAAGGCUGUAGGUUUUCAUUCCCACAUGGGACACGUUUGUUUUUAAACCCCAUUUCCUUUGAAAAAAGCUCUCUGUUAAAUGUUAUGUGAGCAGACCUGUGAAAGGUUAUGAUAUGUGGUGAAACGAUAUUUAUAAAAAAGAGAGUAAGACAAAAUGAAGGCAGAAAAAAAGGAUGACACGUAUCCACACAUACAAAAUAUUUACAAGGCAGAAAUAUAAGGAUAUUCUGUACUAUAAUGAUUGAGUUGUACUUUUUUCAUCUUCCACAGAAUAAAGGAAACCUUGUAGUUUGUAUUGGAUUGCAUUGAAAUAAGAUAUGAGGGAA